AUGAGAGUGGUAACUGCGUCGUCGCAGGAACGGCUCGAAGGCAUCUGCGAGCAGCUGCGACUGUUGGGCCGCCAGCAGGAGGAGCUCAAGGCUCGGCUGCAGGCAUCGAGAGACCUGCCGCCCAACGUGGGAGCCGUGCCGCAGCUCCAGUCCCAGCUGGAGCACAUCUCCACGCAGCAGAUGCAGCUCAUCAAUGAGCAGAGCGAGCUCUCGAAGCAGCUGCGGCGCAUCGACAAAUUCUGCAGUAACGCAGCCAAAACGCAGUAUGGCCGGUUGUCGUCCUGUUCCGAACAAGACAAAGCAGACACCGAUGACACUGAUUCACAGUUCUCGGCAUACAGCAACAACUCGUCACCGACACUGAGUCAUGAGGCACACGACUCACCGUCUCAGGACUCUAACCAGUCGAGCAACCUGGCUCAGCAGCAGCAAGCUCCGCCAAGCGCUGCAGACGUGUUCAACAUGAAGAUGGCCAGUGUUAAGAAGACCUCGGCGCAGAUAACCAAGCAGCUUGUGCAGGAGACGCUCAUGGACGAAGGGCUCCGUGUCAUCAAGGAGCUGGCAUCGCAGAUCAAGUCCGAGGAAUCGAGCAACAGCCACUGUGCCACGGACCUGUCUUCGCCACCGCCUCGGCCACGCGGAAGACCUCCCAGGCUGGACCGGGGCGACUACGUGGGAACGUCCCGGGUGGUCCGGGGGGCUCCUCCGCCCCACCCGUCCAUGCAGAAUGGCCACGACCGACCAGGAAGCAAUGGACUCGACCUGCACCACCCAAACGGUUUGGCGCCGCCCGCCGUGGAUGACGCAACGGACGCGGAAAACAGCCUGAACGCGCUGCUCGCUCUCUCCCAGAAGAGCUUGAUGAAACAAGAGCCAGCGUCGCCGGCGACCAUCAAGAUGGACUAAAGAAACACGCAAUACACGACGAGCCCGAGUGCCACAUCUGUGGCAUUCAUUUGAUGGAAGGCUAGAAAUCAAUUUUGUCUGGUACUAUACGCCGUUGUGUCUCCUCAGUGUGCUCGCUGCGGGCACGCUGACGUGGACGCCCGCUUGCACCUAUCUGGAUUGGUAAUGCGGCUGUGCAUGUCCUCCGUCCUUAUUCGGUCUUCGGUCUGUCCUUAAGGAAAAUUCACGCUGUGUGAGUAGAAGCUUUCGUCAGUCUGUUUAUCAAGGAAGCUCACAAUUGACUACCUGGGAGAUGGUUGCCUGUACUGGGAAGCAAGCAACCGCGCGCACUAAUGUCGUCACUUGCAGAGUUGAUGCACAUCUGUAACGCGAAUCCGCAGAGGGGUAUUCUUGCCAGUUUGUGGCCUCACAGCUGACCUUGUAUUACGUUCUGUAAAAUUGAUGCGAUUUCUUUGUUUUCGUUAAAGAGUCCCAACAUUUUCCUACUUGCGCACUGUCCUAUGUUUUCUCUGGCCAAAAUUGGGCCGCCUUCGAAGGUGUUGCGGGGACAAGAGCGGUGAAUUCUAGAGCGUAGUUUGGACACGUUCGCAUCCUUGUUCCAAUAUCAGAGUCGGGCAACCUACGGCUUGAGGAUCACUGACAGCAUCGAAGGCGUGCGGCCCACUCCCGUAUCUCCAUUAAGUGGCGUCUGAUUUAUUGCAAGUAGACGCGUUUGAUGGCCAGAGCAUCCCUCGCGAACCGUGCCUGUUCUGUAAGUGGGGGCCAGGGGAGCACACUUGCGAAAUCAACAUUCUGGCUGUAGUGCCGCGUUUACUGUCUAUGUAAGCUAUACUUCACCACUAUGGCUGCUUUUCCAGCUGGGCACAAAUCUUACUACAAAUGGCGACAUUCGCCAAACAACAAUUCCCGCAGUACCGGUGGCUUGGUUACGCUCCCUGAAUGCUUACUGUUCGGUGCAUUCUACACAGCUCUCUUAAGAGGCGAUAGAGGUGGACCCAGGCUGAAAUGACAGUAUUUAGGAAUAUCACAGCUGGUGUCACGCGCAGUUUUAUGGUCAGCAAGCGCCAUGUUCCACAAGUUAGGUUUUAGAAGUGUGUCGAUGAUGGCAGAGUUAUUCAAGUGGCCAUUGCAGCGGUAUUCCUGACUUAGCAGGCGUUGUAAUCAGCCCAUAUGGUGCCUGUUUUAAGAUGUGAAUUCACAGAAGGGACAAAAAUGAACAAAUAUAUAGGAUCAUACUUAUCCUUCAUUUUCGAUCAUCCUCCAGUUACAUCACAGCGCCUUCCAGACAAAUGUGUUGUCUGGUAACGGCAAGCCAAGAAAUAACGAAUUGCUGGAUUUCGCUAUCCGCUGAUGUAAGAAAAGUUGGUAUUUAUAUAUUUUGUAAUUUACUUAGUUGAUCAUGGUGAAUGUGUAAUAAAUAGCUGACCGUUUGAGUAAAGACUCCUGCUUACGCAUAA